GUUUGUUGAACGCCUUGAUACCUUGCUUUGGUAUGUCAGAGCUCUUGGGUCUCCCCUUCGCUACCUUGAUCUUGUUCAUUCCGAUGCGGUAUGUGCCGUCUGGAACCAUGGUUCGUGGGCGAACUGCAACAAAGCAUGAAGGUAUUUACGGCAAGGGAGCUGAAAAUUUUGCAAGUGCCACGCGCUAUAACCGGGUUUCCACCCGUUCCCGUCAUUCUACUCUUAUACUGGAUAUCGGUAAGCCUGUCUUUCAUUAUAGUAUCGGACUCAAUAUGAAGAGCUUCACAACUUCUGGUCGUUGGGCACAAUCUCGAGUUCGGAUCUGGUAAAAUCUCGGUAGGAAAGAUUCCGAGAACUUGGGAUGGUGAGAUAGGGGGUGCGAGAUCUGGAAGUUUAUCUCCUCGUUGGAGUGAGCUGGUGAGUGCAAACCAUUAAACCACAAAGUAGGGAAAUUUUCCCACUGUGGAGAUCUGAACCAGAAUUUUGUCAACCCAAUCAAAAUCAUUGAAAGCCAAUAGAGUCUAUCCCCCAGAUGCAGUAGUGGAUAUGGAGGUGCACGUGCAACGC